GAGAGAGAUCUCUUUGAAGCCAGUUGUGAGAUUCAGCCCACUUGGAUUUAUUUUGUGGACGUGAUUUCGUCACAUUACGUAAGCUUGGAGGCGUGGCUUUGCUCCGCCAACCGACAGUACGCAGCUACGGAAGACUUUUGGAGUUUAGCGAGCCAGCUUCCUUCAAAAUGGCCAGCUGGGGAAGAGUCGCCGCCUUGUUGAGGAAUGUUUGGAGGAGUCCUCGGUGUAUGAAGAGUGUGGCCCUGCGCCGUGUUGUCGGACCCGCUCUUCUGGGCUCCGGAAUCGGAAGCGGGGUGAUCUGUUUCUACCAGUAUCAUGUCAACAACAGGACUCUGCCGUUCGCCGUUCACGCUGAGGAGCAAAAAGAAGCUGCACCUCCCCAGAUGUCUGCCAGGAAGGUCCGUUUCAACCAAUUCGCCUCAGUGGUCUACCAAGAGGAGCCCUACAUGACCCCCAGAGACUUCCUCUUCUCUGUAAUGCUGGAGAAUGUUGACCGAAAGCUACAAAAGAGACAUUUAACAACACAGGACGUUAACAAGAUGCUGGAUGCUGCCUCUAGAGCUCGGCCUGGUAACGAACUGUUCAGGUCCAUAGGAGACAAUGGUUUGAUAUCCUACACAGAGUAUCUGUUCCUGCUGACAAUCCUGACCAAGCCGCGUACAGGAUUUCAUAUAGCUUUCAAAAUGCUUGAUGUUGACAGCAAUGAGAAUGUGGACAAAAAGGAGUUUCUCAAGCUGAAGAACAUCAUUGGAAAAAGUAAAACGAGACUUCCCAAGGACGUCACAGAGAAACCAGUGGAAGAAGCUGAGGGUGUAAACACAACUCUGCAGACCUACUUCUUUGGGAAGAGAGGACACAACAAGUUGCAGUAUAAAGAGUUCCACAGGUUCAUGGAGGACCUGCAGGCUGAAGUCCAGGAGAUGGAGUUCCUGCAGUUCUCCAGAGGUAUGGACACCAUGCGUAGAGAGGACUUUGCAGAGUGGCUGCUCCACUACACCAAUGAAGAGGACAACGAAGUCUACUGGGAGAACAUGAGGAAGAGGAUCCCUGCUGGCCAGAGUAUCACGUUUGAGGAGUUCAAAGCCUUCUGUCUGUUCACCAACAAUCUGGAGGACUUUGCCUUUUCAAUGAAGCUGGUCACUGGAGCCCACCGUCCUGUCGGAAUGGCCCAGUUCAAACGAGCUGUGAGGAUCGCCACAGGCCACGAUCUGUCUGAGAAUGUCCUGGACACUGUGUUUAAACUGUUUGACAUGGACGGAGACAGCUGCCUCAGCCAUAAGGAGUUCAUGGGUGUGAUGAACGACAGAGUGCUGCGAGGUCUGAAGGUGCAGCAUCAGAGCGGCUUCUCUGGCUACUGGAAAUGUGUGAAGAGAGAGACCAUGAAAGCAGCGCGGGAGGCCCUGGGUGACACUGGGUGCCCCAUCUGAACCACCAUGACAGAGAGUCACUCAUACCACUGCUCACCUUGGCAUUGUAUAAUAACAAAAAGUUAUG